UGCUGCUGCUGCUGCUGCUGUUGUGCUGGAAGUCCGGUUGCCAGGCAGAAAAUCCUUUCACAGUUAAGGAGAGUCAUGGGCCGUUUCCUGAAUGUAUUACGGAGCUGGCUGGUUAUGGUUUCCAUCAUUGCCGCGGGGAACACAUUACAGAGCUUCCGAGAUCACAGCUUUCUUUAUGAGAAGCUCUACACUGGCAAGCCAAACCUCGUGAAUGGCCUCCAAGCUCGGACGUUUGGGAUUUGGACACUGCUCUCAUCAGUGAUUCGCUGCCUCUGUGCCAUCGACAUCCACAAUAAAACGCUCUACCACAUCACCCUCUGGACCUUCCUCCUCGCCAUGGGCCAUUUCCUCUCUGAGUUGUUUGUAUUCGGGACAGCGGCUCCCACGAUUGGUGUCCUGGCACCCCUGAUGGUGGCAAGUCUGUCCAUCCUGGGGAUGCUGGUUGGACUCCGGUACCUGGAAGUAGAGCCAGUGUCAAGACAGAAAAAGAGAAACUGAGGCC